AUGAAAGAAGUUUGCAACUUCACCUAUCAAUAUGACCAGUUCUUCAGUGUCGUAAACACCCUCUACAAGCGCAUGCUUGAAAAUAACAAGAAUGCUUGGCGUCGUGUAUACAAGGGAAGUAAGAAGAAGACGGACGACGACGAAUUUGGGGAAUUCACAUCCGCGAGGGGUACGACGGCGGCGAAUACCUCGGCACAACCGACAAAGUCGUUGGGUCGGAUUUCGGUUCCCGGGGGAAGUGUGGCCAAAUCAGCACCAACUGUCCAGAAGCAACACGUUGCUGCACCACCACCUGCCGCUGUUGGAUUUGAUUUACUUGGUGGAUUUGAUGCACCGGCCACUGGAGGCAGCACCCCUGCUGUGGAUCUUUUCGCAGAUCCAGUGCCAUCAUCGAUUCCACAGAUCAACACAGCAGCCCUUCGACCGCCACGUCCUCCAAGUGGAGGGUCGGCGGCUUCAAACGGAUUUUCUCCAUCUCAACCAGCAAACCUCCUUGACGAUGUCUUCGGCUCCCCGGUUUCUGCCGCCCCACCAGCCAACAACUACUCCCAAAUGUCAAUGGAUCCAUUUGGAUCCCUCCCAUCACAACCUUCCCCCCAGCAGGCUGUCCAGCCCUCAUUCGCUGACUUCGGAGCUCCGGCAACCGGAUCGCAGCCUCAAACCGCGCAAAAAUCACCGACACCGGCAAAGGUGGGCCGCACAUGGUCUGGUACCACCGGAUUAAUCGACCUCAACAAUCUCGGCAAUAAGAACCCGUCGAAAAAAGUCCAUGUCCCCAUGAACCAAAUGGGAUCCCGAAACCUU